GGACUUGUUGGGCAGAAGGGCCUGUUUCUACACUGUAGGGAUUCUAUGACAGAUCUUUCCCCAUGUCCCUGCACAUUAUCUCUGUUAAAUAAUCAUCUAGUGCUCCCUUUUGAAUGCUUCAAUUGAACCUGCCUCCACCAUAUUUCUGGGCAGUGCAUUCCAUAUCCAAACUUGUUACUGUGUGAAACAUAUUUUCCUUACAUCACACUUGUUUCGUUUGCACAUCACUUUAAAUCUAUGCUGUCUUCUUCUUUUGUUUACUAUUAUGAGCAGGAACCUAUCUACUUUGUCCAACAAGCUCAUGAAUUUGCAAACCUCUCUAAAGUGUAGUGUGCGAGUCAAUAUUUUUCCCUCAGCUAAUGGCACUAAAGAUUAUUUGGUCAGUCAUCUUUUUGCUAUUUGUGGAAAGUAAUUUCAAAUAGGAGAAAAAACGUUUCGCGGUUGGAGAAAGUGCGACUCUCGUGAGCUCUCACCAGCUUCAGAUUGUUCCUGAAGGAAGGAGACAGUUCAUUUUUGGUGACAGCACUCCUUUAAAAGGGGGUUUGUUUUCUGAGAACAAUGAAGAGGCUGUUUCUUGUUGAACCUGUGGUUGCCCUAUACACUCUGCCUAAUUUGGCAGACGAACUCUUAAUGCAGCAAUAUAUUUAUCGUAGGAUAUGGACAAGGGAAACUAACAGCAGCUAUGUUCAGAAUGAAAAUAAUUCUUACUGCUACCAGAACCACAGUGACCCAGUGUACUUCAAACAAGAGGUGGUCCAGAGAUUAUCAUCUCACUUCUUUAUGUACGUGACUUUGAUUCAGUUCCUACCCAACUUCAUCGUUACCUUCAUAUUGGGCUCGUACAGUGAUCACUACGGACGCAGAUUAUCUCUCCUCCUCCCUACUAUUGGGGCUCUGAUUAGCAGCCUGGCUUUUUUAGCAAUGACCUACUUUUCUUGGCCUAUUCACUUUCUUUUUAUACCCGUUGCACUAAGUGCAUGUUUUGGUGGCUUCACAACUGUGUUUGGAGGAGCUUUUGCCUAUGUAGCAGAUGUGAGCUCUAGUGAGCACAAAAAUAUGCGCAUGGCAUUGCUGGACAUGAUCGUUGGCCUAAUGGGUGGUAUCGGGACAAUAACAUCUGGAUACUUGUUAAACACAUUAGGCUUUAAUUGGUUAUUCUUGAUUGCCUCAUUAAUUAAUUUUGCCAAUGUUGUGUAUAUCAUCUUUUUCCUUGAUGAGAGUGUCCAAGUGUCAAGAAAUGAGCAAAAUGAAGGAUCAGGCAAUGGAAAAUUCCGAGAAAUAUUUGCUGGAAUUUUAAAUCUAUGGACUAGUUCUAAUUUUAGAAAACGUGUUCAAAUUAGUCUCAUGCUUCUUACUUUUUCAGUCUAUGCACUUGCUUCAUUUGGUUCUGGUGGACUUUUUACUCUUUAUGAAUUGAAUGCGCCUCUUUGUUGGAAUGCGGUACUUAUUGGAUAUGGCUCUGCAACUGGACUAAUUACAUUUCUUACGAGUUUUCUGGGAGUGGCUCUAUUUUCCCGCUAUCUUGAAGACCAUUUUAUCGUUCUUAUUGGGACAUUAUCCUUGGCUGGAGGAAUGAUCGUGGCUGUCUUUGCCACUACUACACUGGUCAUGUUUCUGGUGAGACUGGUUUGUCUUUUUGCUGUCAUGCCACUCCCUGUCCUACGAUCAAUGAUGUCCAAGAUAGUCUCACCUAAGGAUCAAGGUGUUCUGUUUGCCUGUGUUGCUUGUCUUGAAAAUUUAAGCGCUACCGUUUCCUCCAUAGUUUUCAAUAAUGUUUAUGCUGCCACCAUCCAUGGAUUUACAGGCUUCAGCUUUAUGCUGGCAGCUUGUUUAUGCCUCAUUCCAAUUUGUAUUAUGUGUUUCUUAUUCUGGUGGAGGCCUCAAGACGAAGAUUAUGCUGGACUGUCAACCAAUGAAGACAGCAGUUAGUUCUCAUGCAAGCUUUGGUUAUCUUGACUGAUCAUUUUCAAAGCCUCUCCAUGUGCCAAUCUAUUUGCUUGUUCAUAUUACACAAAAAUAGGAUGUUUAUACAGUUUUGCAUACAAUUCAAAACUGAGAUUUCGAGCAAUACCAUUAUUACCACUAGGUAGUAGGUACUCACAGUAUCCAAUACGUAUUCAAUUCAAUCCAGUCUGAUUCAUUUAGCACUACCCCUUUCAAAGAGUAUAUGAAAUUGCUGAGACAGAAUAAUUAGAAUGUGACCAAAAGCCGAAUGCUAAAUGUUGGAAUUCUCAAACCAAAACUGCAAUAAGGAGAGAAGGUAUCUUAGAAAGGGCCUCAAACAAGGCUUUGUGGGUAGAACUUAGGAAGGUUAAGGGGGUAGCUAUUUGACUGGGAUAUAUAUAGGCUCGCAAAGAGUCAGUGGGAAAUAGAGGAACAAAUAGGUAGAGAGUUCAGAGGUGUGCAAGAGUAAUAAUCGGGUAUUUAUACUCGGGGAUUUUAUCCUGUCCAACACAAAUCAGAUAGUCAUAGUGUUAAGAGUUUGGAGGUAGCAGAUUUCUUGAAAUGUAUCUGGGGGAUUUUUUUAAUCAAUAUGUAGAAGGCCCAACGAGGCACAGUGCAGUGUUGGAUCUGGUUCUGGGGAAAAAAGCCGGACAAGUGUUUGAUGCGACAGUGGGGGAGUAUUUAGGUGAUAGUGACUACAACACAGUAUGGUUCAAAGUUGUACUGGACAAGGAAAAACAUGGUGCGCAAAAGCACUAGAUUGGGAGAAGGCAGCAUUUAUUAAAAUAAAGCAGGAUCUGACCACCAGGCUCUGGGAACAGCUCCUUCCUGGGGUAGGGGGGUGGCCUUCAAAAGGGAGCUGGGAAGAUUAUAGGUCCAAUAUGUACCCUUUACAUGGAUACAUGUACCCUUUACAUAGGAGCAAUACGUUCAGAGAACCCGGGAGGUCUAGGACAGUUCAGGUCUGGAUAAAGAAGAAGAGUAUUGCUUUCAGCAAGUCCAAAGGAAGCAAUUCAGCUGCAGCCAUAGAGAAAUACAGGAAGUGCAGGAGGGGACUCGGAGCAGUUAGAAAAGCAAAAAGGGGGCAUAAGGAAGGACUUGCAAACAGGAUUAGAGAGGAUACUAAGAUAUUUUAUAAGUACUUAAAGGGAAGAAGUUAACCUGGGAAAGAGUAGGGCCCAUUAGGGACCAAGGGGAGAAUCUGUGUGUGAAGCCACAGGAUGUUGGAAGGGUGUUGAAUGAAUCCUUCUCUUCAGUCUUCACUCUCGAAAAGGAGAAUGUAGAUACGCAAUUCAGGAAAAGGGACUGUGAGGAACUUGCACAGUUUGACAUUGGAAAUGGGGAAGUAUUGGUGGCUUUGUCAGCCUUAAAAAAACAGAUAAAUCCCCUGGCCUGGAUGAAUUACAUCUCAGGCUGCUGUGGGAGGCGAAGCAGGAAAUUGCAGGAGCUUUGACAUAAUGUUUAAUUCCUCUCUGGCCAGAGGGUAGGUGCCAGAGGACGGCUAAUGUGGUUCCACUUUUUAAGAGGAUGGUAGAGAUUAACCAGGAAAUUACAGACCAGUGAGUCUCCCAUCAGUGGUAGGAAAACUACUGGAGAAAAUU